AUGGCGUUCCGGACAGGCAACGACGCCAUUUGGUGCCGAGCGUUCUCAUUAUCAUUGGAGGGGGAGGCGCUCGAGUGGUUUAACUCCCUCCCUCCCAAUUCCAUCGAGAAUUUCGCUGGACUGCAGCGUUUGUUCAAUCAACAAUUCGCCAGCAGCAGUACUCAAGACUUGACCGUCUUCGAGUUGGUCACUCUGAAACAGGGAAAUGAAGAAACUUUAAGAACAUUCAUGGAUCACUACCAAAAAAUCGUCCAACGAGUGAAGGGCUUGAGCCCGGAACUCUCCUUACAUUACAUCCUUCUCGCCCUCAGGCCCGGACCGUUUAAGGACAAUGUCUGCUGGUGGGCGCCCAAGACCAUGGAAGAACUACAGGAGAGGGCACGGAGGAUGAUGCCCCCCAUCGCGUUUUCGGAUGAAGACUUUCACACCCCUGAUCCUGAUCAGGAUGACCUGAUGGUAAUAACGGCUGAGAUUGCCCGGUACGAUGUGAGCAAGGUACUAGUGGACCAGGGGAGCUCAGUAAACAUCCUCUACUGGAAGACUUUCUAG